AAAGAAAAUUUUCUUUUCGUUUUUAUUUAUUAUUAAGAAUUUAACAAAAUUAGAUAAUACUCGGAACGCAUUGCUGAACCAGGCAAGGGGACGGAUUGGCGCCAGCAAUAUAUUUAAAUAGAACAGAUAAAAAAAAUACCGAAAGCAAUAGUUCUACAAAUAUUUGAUUGAUUUUGGAUCAUGAAAACGACAAAUCUGGGCUUAUAUGCAUUUCGUUUGACCUUCGGACAGGCACAUGGAUUUACCACAAAUUCGUCGGGACCUAAUGGGCGUGUGGUGACCCGUUCGGCGACCAUGUUGGCUGUGUUUGGCAUUGCCCUCUCCUCGUUUAGCCUGAAACAGCUGCUGGCCAAGAAGCACAAUAAACACAAUGCCCUGCGCAAGUUAUAAGUGAACUGCAAUUGACCAAAGCAGCAGCAGAGGGGAAAGAUAUGGAUUAGGAGGAGAUAGAGGAGUAGUCGGAGUAGAAGUUGAAUCAUGCGUUUCCCUACAUUCAUUCAUUGUGUAUAUUUGUUAUAGUUUAAGACACCCACCACACAAACACAACCACACAAACACACCCCAUCAUCUACAACCACCAGACACAAACACCACAAACAUUUUAAUUCAUGGGAAAUGUUGGCAACUUCUACUGGAUUUGAUUAUUUUAAAAAAAUUACUUUGCUUUGAUUUUGAUUUUGAAAUUGUCAGAUAUAUGUAUAUAGAUCUAUAUGUAUAUAUAUUUGGUAUAUGUAUAACUUAUUGUUUCCGCCAACUGAAAAGGAAUAUAACAUUUGUGAUAAAUUUGCCAGAGAUAAGCGAAGAACGGAGAAACAACUAGCAACAAAAUAGGAGAAAAAAAUCUAUCUAAACCCUAUUCUACAUAUAUUUUAUAUCUUUUUUUCUUCUUUUUGUUUGUCAUUAAUUUUCCUAUAUACCCAUACAAUAUUUAGUUAUGAAUUAUGCAAAUUCUAAAUUGAUUAUAGAAAUGAAACGACUAAAAAAGGGAUAACAAGAGCAAAAAUAUAUUAUAUAUAUAUAUAUAUAAAGUUGGAUAGUCGACUCACCACAGACACAGUAUCCACUAAUAAAUUAGUUUUAGUUUAUUAUUCAAAUAAUAUAUAUAUGCAUUAUAAUCAAUUCGAAAA